UAAAUUAUUUAAAAAAAAAAAACCCACUAGACACACAAAAACACCAAGAAUCUAUGUAACAAACACUUGUGGUUACAGAUUUUAUUUUCAUUUGCUGAUUGUAAGUGACCAGUAGCCGAUGGCCAUCGAUUCACUGAUUGACAGACUAAUUGAUGGGUUUGCUGAUUGAUCGAGUGACUGAUCAGAAGACACACCUGCAUUAUAUAAGUGGUCCUUUGGAACUGCGUUGACUAUGGUAGCAUGAGUUCUUAGCAGUGGUGAAGAAGAAAGGAAGGACACCUCCAACACUGCUUACCCUCCCUGGUAACUAUAGGGCUUCAAAGAUGCCCCCUAAGAAAGUAAAAUCAGUGGAGUCCUCUGAUUCAGAGGAGUUGUUUCCUCCUCCUGAUCCACCGAAGAGGCCCAAAGAGGCAGAGAAGAGUAAAGCAGAUCCUCCGAAACCCCCUAAAGCCCGAGUGGCUCGGAAGGCGUCUGCUCAUCCUUCAACUAUGGAGAUGGUCAAAGAGGCCCUCAAAGCACUGGACUCCAGGAAAGGAUCCUCCGCACAAGCAAUUCGGGGCUACAUCCUGGACAAGUAUCCAUCUGUGGAUGCAGUCAGGCUCAAGUACAUGUUGCGAAAGGCCUUGACCAAAGGCAUCGAGAGCGGUGACCUGGUGAGACCAGCCAACUCAUCUGGCAACGGCGCCCAGGGGAGGUUCCGAAUUCCAGCGAAAAGCAAAACCAAAGAAAUCAAAGCGAAGGCUUCUGAAAACACAGACCCUAAUGCUGGAAGAGCUCUGAAAGCAGAAAAGGCUGCUGUGAAAACUUCCAAAGUCCAAGAAGGUCCGGAGAAGGUCAAGCUAACAGCCAAGAAGCAGAGAACCAAAACUGCUGAGGCCAUGGUGUCUCCAGUGGGGCUCGACUCAAAAAAGGGAACUGCGGCCAAGAAGCCAAAGGCCAAGAAAGUGGCUGCAGCUGCAAGUCAGACCUCAGAGAAGGUGACAGGGGCUCCUCCACGGAAGGGUAAAAGUACAGCAAGAGCACCACCUGGGAAGGAGGGUGAGGGGGUUCCUGCACCCCGACAUGCCAGGAAAGUUGCUAAGAUCAUGACGUGAAACUUGAUGGACUUAUUUUUAAAAUUUUGCUCUGCACUUGAAUAAAAUUCUUGUAU